UGAGUUGGAGUUUAUCGACAUGUGUUUAGUCUUUCGGUGGUGAUGUCACCGCGGACGGAUUCGUUGUAUUCGCCUCGGCGGAGUUGAUGGCGUCAUUCCGCGUCCUGGCGGAGCCUCCCGUGCGCGCCCACGGAUCGGAGUAGCAGCGAAGGCCGAAGCGAGCGUGGCUCCGGCGGCCGGGAUCGAGCGACGCGCACCCGGACACCCGAGCGAGGAAAGCAUGGAGGCCGUAGCGGAGGAGCUGCAGGCCGGCUCCCGGAUCCCCGUCACCGUCGAUCAGAUCGUGAACGACACGCUGGUGGUGACGCUGACUUACCGAGAGAGAAGCUACACGGGCAUUUUACUGGACUGUAAGAAAAAUCAAAAAGCAGAACAUCAGGAAGCUAUUAUAAGGCCUGGCUGUUCUCAUGGGACUGGGCUGUUUUGCCUUCCAGACGUCAUUGGAAAGUCAGAAGAGAGCCUUGUGUCGAGACCAGACUGUGAAGUCUCAAAUGAAGAGCAUCGCUCCAAAACUCCAAAUGAACUUGCAGAGCAACCAAAAGAUGAGAACACAGAACCCGAGACGACCCCUCCUGUACCCGUACCCAUCCCUGUGCAACCGGGACAGCCGACGUACCCUCCUUACUUUGAGGGCGCUCCUUUUCCCCAACCAGUGUGGGUUCGCCACACUUACAACCAAUGGGUACCACAGCCGCCACCUCGUCCGAUCAAAAGAAAGAAAAGGAGAGGUCGAGAAGCGGGCAGAAUGACCAUGAGCACAAUCAGACUUCGACCACGGCAGGUGUUGUGUGAGAAAUGCAAAAACACUCUCAAUAGCGACGAGGACAGCAAAGACGGGUCGACGGCAGCCAAGACGACGAGGAAAGAGAACGCACCUCAAACAGACGAGGACACUAAACCGGUCCCGGCCAAGAGUCUGAGAAAGGACGACGGGGACGGCCAUAAAGAGUCUAAAAGACGAGAGGACUCGUCGGUCUACGAAAACAAGCGCUUUCGAAAGGAUAAGAAGGACGAUGAGAAGUUUCCGGGAGGUGACGUCAUCCCCCACAGUCCUGUCAUCAAGAUCUCGUAUAGCACUCCGCAAGGUAAAGGUGAAGUCAUGAAGAUCCCUUCCAGAGUUCACGGGUCCGUCAAACCCUUCUGCCCAAAGCAACUGCUGCAGAACGGCCACGGAGAAAGAGAGACUUCCAAGGAACCCCAAAAAGAUGUGCAACCCUCCAUGGACGCCAUCAGAACGGGCCUUACCAUUUCCAUUCCCAAACUCAAGCUCCCGAAGCUAACCGGUCCAGACGCCCCGUCGCCCAAGAUACGCUUGAGAUCUCGCGCCGACGGAGCCGAGCAGGUGUCGAUAUACGAGGCCGAGCUGGUGGGCGGUGCUCGUAGAAAAGGUCAGAGAGUUCCCGGCACUGCGUCCGAGGACGGCGGCGAUAAAAAUUCACUUGAACUUUGGUCGGGCAACUGUGGGGAUGAGGUCGAGCGCCACGGUGACUUGACGUUGCUCAUUAACUUUCGAAAGAGGAAGGCCGACUCGUCGAGUCUGUCCGUCUGCAGUAGCGACAGCCUGGACGAGUCCAAGUCCUUCAGUUCGGACGGCACAUCGCCGGAACUCUGCGACCUGGCACCGGGCGACGAUGUCUCCGUGUCAUCUUCCUCUCAUGGGGAAAGUAAAACCGUUCCGCCUCUUACAGUACGACUGCACACCCGCAGCAUGACUAAGUGCGUGACCGAGGAAGGUCACGCGGUGACAGUAGGUGAUGUCGUUUGGGGAAAGAUCCACGGCUUCCCUUGGUGGCCCGCACGGAUACUCAGUAUUAGUGGUACUCAUAGAGAAGAAGGCGAGGUCGACGUUCCCUGGCCCGAAGCUAAAGUCUCCUGGUUCGGCUCGCCCACCACUUCUCAACUCUCGGUUGCCAAAUUGUCGCCCUUCCGUGAAUUCUUCAGGUCACGUUUCAACCGCAAAAAGAAAGGGAUGUACCGGCGUGCCAUUAUGGAGGCUGCUAAAGCGGUGGGACACAUGAGUGCCGAAAUCACAUCGCUACUUGCUCACUGCGAAACUUAGGGAUGAAGGUGAUGGACUGGUUUUAACCCAGGAUCUGUGCUCCCAGGAUGUGGCAGUCUCCCCGGACGGAGAGUUGCCUUCAUUUGCCACGGAUAUCGCGAGCGAAGGUGCUUAUUUUCCCCACACGGAUGUCGAAAGAGAAUUUUGGACCGGAUGAGUAAACUUCCACAAGGAGAAUUCCAGAAAAUCUCGGAGUGAUUGAUUCCCCCAUCUUCUCUUUGUUUGUCUCUCCAUCUUCUGUUUGUUUGUUUUUAGUACGUACAUUAUAUUAGUAGUAGCUCGACACUAAAUCCGAAUGUAUUUAUUCACGAAACACUCGUCAGGUGACCGGCCUGGAAUGAAUCCCGUGAGAUGAAACUGCUGCUGUUUAAGACUGACGGUUUCCUUCAUCUGUUUCUGUUUUACCGCGGGUACACGCCGUGCCCAUCGCGGCACCAUCCUCACAGGAUGCCCGGACAGACAAACAUCUGUACCGUGAUGGUUAAUAACAAGUCUUACUCUUGUGUCUCUUUCCUACAGUUAUGAAAAUGUGAAAUUCAGUUUUGUAAUCUCUGCAUUGUGUUGAUCUUUCAACGUCCAGUUUGUCCAUUGCUGUUUCUCACCAGCUGGUUUUCUCUGAUUUCACUCUGAUCAUAUGAUGUUUUCUUUUGCAUCUGGCCUUUGAAGAGGCCGGUGAUCAUUCAGUUGUAUUGACUUUAAUUAUUUAAUGUGUCACGUUAAGAUUAGCACUUUAUUCCAAUCCUGGUGGCCUGCUGUGAACUCAUCGGGCGACACUAACUAGAGUUUGCAGACUGACGGAGAAGACGGCGACCCAUCGCUUUUGAAGUGAUUUGUUUUUUAUUUUUCUCAUACAGAUUUAAGGAUGCGUUCAGGAAGUUGUGUACACUGUAUUCUCGUGUUUAGCCCUGGUUUACGCCGUUAUUCGCUCUUUCUUUUCCUCUCGUGAAAUGUUUCACCGGACAUACGGACAGAACUGUACGCUCCUAUGCAUCGCCAUCUUUUAUUCUAGCUUACGACACUACAGCUGAUUGGAUGAAUUUAUUAAUGUGUUUGCUAAAUGAUGAAUGGGCUCAAAUAUCUGUACGCGUAUUUGACGAGGAACGUUUUUCCAAUCAUGAAGAAAGAGUCGUUCACGCGCCCACGCAGACCUCCGAGCCGGGGGAAACGAACUCGACCCGUCUCCAGAUCUAAGAACACUGAGAGCGACGUGUCACUCGCAGGUUUUGAUGCAUUUCUUCUCCAGCUGGUUUAUGAUUCUGGACUUUCUGCAGCCAUCUACGACUCCAUGGUGGAUUUUUUAUGUGCUGUAAAUAGAAUAAAAUAUGAAAGCAAUAA